AUGCCCGAGGAAGCCCACCGGGCAUUGCGGAAGGCAGGAGGGGACCCAAUGGUCUCUGAGGUGUCCCCACAGUUGCUGCGGGAGCUGCGGCACCACGAGGCCGACGUGAAGCUGCUGCAGCAGCAGCUCCGGGACCGAAGGAGCUGCACAAGCAGCACCUCAAGAGGCUCUUGGCUCUGGAAAAGCAAUCGAGUGAGGAACAGGCUCCCCGCGGAGGGCUCGGACGGAGAGCGCCGCGGUCCCACCGCCGCGGUUCGGCCGCGGGGAUGCUGCGGCCGGGCGGGGGCGCACGAGCCCGCUCGUGGGGCUGGGCAGGGCCCGCUCCGCCGUUCCACGGGCUCCCGCGGCCGCGAGCCCCCCCCGCCGCCGGCCGCUCCGUCCGGUGGCAGCGGGCGCCCGGGGCACGCGGGAGCAGAGCCGUUGCGGCAGCAGCAGCGGCAGCAGCAGCAGCAACAGGUCCGGCGGCGGCAGCUCUCGGCGAGUCGGAGCCCUCCCACCGCCGGUCCCCGCGAUGGUGCUCCCCGCCUCCCGCCAGCCCCCGGGCCCUCCUCCCGGCCGUCCCGCCGGGGCUCGCCGCACCGCUGUGCUCUCCCGAUACUGGCAGUGGCGGCGCUGAGCCGCCCGGCCGCUGCGACCCCCGAGCCCCCGGUGCGCGGUGCGGCUGCGGGGGUGCCGGCCCCGGCACCGGGAGUGCGGUCGGGCAAGGUGCCCGUGGUGCUGCUCACGCGGAUUGACCCAUCGGCCUACCUGCGCUCCGGGACCGGCGGGGAGCGGCACGCUGCGGAGCCGCAGCCGGGGAAGGCCUAACGACCCGGCUCCGCUCGGCCCGGAGCAGCCAGUAGGGCCGGCGGGGGCCCCGCGCGCAGCAGCAGCGGCCGCGUCCGGCACGCGGGGAAGGAGAAGCAGCCCCUGGAGCGGCUUUAUCGUGUGGGACCGCUGCUGGAGAGACGCGGCUUCGGCUCGGUCUACUCGGGGGUCCGCCUGUCCGACGGCGUCCCGGUGGCGAUCAAACGGGUGGCUCGGGAGCGCAUCUCCUCAUGGGGCGAGCGGCCCAGUGGCACUAGCAUUCCAAUGGAGAUAGCAAUGAUGAGGAAGGUGCGCUCCGGCUGCAGUGCCAUCAUCCAGCUCCUCGAUUGGUUUGAGCUGCCCGACUGCUUCCUGUUGGUGCUGGAGCGUUCAGACCCAUCGCAGGAUCUCUCUGGCUUCAUCAAAGAGUGGAGAGUCUUGCCCGAGGAUCUGGCGCGGGGCAUUUUCAUGCAGGUGCUGGUGGCUGUGCGGCACUGCCACGGCUGCGGUGUCCUGCACCGAGACAUCAAGCCCAAAAACAUCAUUCUCAACCUGCGCACAGGAGAAGUCAAGCUCACUGACUUCGGCUGCAGCACCCUCCUCAGGGACACGGUGUACACCAAAUUUAGCGGAACACCUGUGUACUACCCACCGGAGUGGUUCCACUGCCCCUGCUACCACGGCCGUCCGGCAGCGAUCUGGUCCCUGGGUGUGCUGCUGUAUGAGAUGGUCUGAGGGGUCGUGCCCUUCUGGCGCUGCAAGGACAUCGUCCGCAGGCAGCUCUUCUUCCGGCGCCAGAUCUCUGCCAAAUGCCAGCACCUCAUCAGGUGGUGCUUGUCCAUGCGCGCUUGUGACAGACCAUCCCUGGAGGACAUCUUCAACCACCCUUGGCUGCAAAGAUCCUCCUGCCCCAGGAGACAGCCACCCUCCAGCAGCACAGCCUGAGCCAGCAGCCGGGCAAUGAGGAGCAGCACAGGAAGCCAGAGGAGCAGAGACAUGAUGUGAUGGCAGAACAAUAGACAAUGCAGCUAUUCCAACACCAGCCAC